AUGUCCAGCUCAAACGGGAACCCGUCUCGUCUCAGAAUCUCGCUGCUCCCUCCCUUCCCAGCGGGGAAAUACCUCCUUCCUAUCCCUUCCACCCUCAAUACCACCUCGGAUCUCCAACGACACAUCCUCGCCACCGUCGAGAAUGUAAGGGGACUAGUGAGACAUCCGAAAGAGAUUUGCCUGGAGGUGGACGGAUUUGAGGUGAUUGAUGGCCCGCUGGAUAUCCUAAGAGAAGGGGAUGUCGUCUGCAUCAGACUGGCUGCUGGUAGCUCUAGAUCGGUCGUACCUGCCCAGGAUGGAGCUGCCAAGGCUGGCCGGAAACGAAAGCGGGAUACAGCCGAGUCACCUUCGGCCACGACAGAGUACGAGAAGAGGGGCGGCUCACCCUCGGGGCGACGAGCUGCUUUGGCGUCGGGGAAGGAUAUAUCGGAGGGACGGCGAGGCCAGGCACCACCGAGGCUGGCUGCUACAUCACAAAAGGCGAGCUUCUCCGGCGGAUCCAGUCAAAGCAGCUCCUCGUCAUCGUCGGAGUCCACAUCUUCAUUCACCUCCGACUCCGAGGAAGACGAGCCGCCCGAGGUCAAAUCCUCCUCAGUACGGACUGUAGGCCAGGGCAUAGGGCAGGUCGCGACUGCUCCGGCCGGGCCCGGGGCGGCUGGCCAGAAGUCGCGCGCAGGCCGAUCUCGCUCUGCAUCCUCUUCCUCUUCCUCUUCCUCUUCAUCUUCAUCCUCAUCCUCAUCGUCCUCUUCAUCCUCCUCGUCUUCAUCAUCCGGAUCCUCCAGCUCGUCGACGACCACCUCGGCCAGUCCAUCGUCAGCCGCACCUAUCACGCUGUCCCGGGCAAAAUCUCCAACCAACCCAUAUCCCGUGCUACUCAAGGCUAUUCAUAAUCCCGAUGGCAAUAUCAUUCCCGGCGAAGGCAAACCCGCCACAAAGAUUCGUAAUCUCCGUCGCCGCAAGAAGCUGGCCAUCCAGCGCAAAGCUAUCGCAGCUACUUCUUCGCCUCGACCUUCCCCCCAGGUGAACGGGUCGACAUCGGCGGAGAAACCGAUAUCGGGGUCAGUCACGACCACGGCGAACGCCCCUUCCAUCCUGCCGUUGCAGAAAGACAUUGCAAAUCGCAAUAAGCGGAAAGGGUUCUUGAAGAUGGCAAAGACGGGGCUGAAGACUGUCUUUCACGGGGACGAGGCGGAGGCGGCGAAUCCUGCGGCAGGACCGGUCAUAAACGGCGGAUUGGAACCGAUACCUGUACCGGCACCGGCGGAGAUGACAGCUGCGCCCGUACCUGCGGUUGGUACGCAACCGGCAUCAGCGGCUGAGGCGGAUCUUCCAUCAAACCUUUACAUCACCACCGCCCAAUUCCCCUUUGUCCGAAAAUGGACCAAGAAGCCAACCAUGCCGCCCCGUCCCUCUCUUCCGGCAAGUCGGCAUGUCUCUCCGCCGCCUCCUGCACCGGAGGCCGAGGUGGAGAUGCAGGAAGAACAGGUCGCGGAGACGGAGACUAUGGCCUCAUUCUGGGAAAAGGUGGAUUUGAGCUUCUAUGGCUUGCCAUUCUUAUCGCCCGAAUCGAGCGCAGGGGUAGAAAUGGGAGGUCUGAUAGCUUGGUCUGCUGUCGAGUUGAACCUCACGCGAUUCGCGCCCGAGCUGGUAUACAAAAUCGGCAAGCUCGUCUCAAGAGAGGGCGCAACGCUCGUCAUCCAGGCCAUUCCUCGGCCAAUACCACCGCCAGCAGAAACCUGGCAAGAAGGAUAUGAUCCGAUGGAGGAUGUGCAGGAGGAGGAAGCGGAGGUGUUGCGUUUGACGCCGGAUGAGCUGGUUGCGGCGCAGGCAACAGGACAGUAUCGUCUCUUAUCUGCCAGAGCUGUGCAGGUGUGA